GCACCCCUCCCCAACACUCUCGGCAGCCAGAUUUACUGCUACAGGGAGCUCCCGCACCAGGUUCAGAUGGCGAAGCUCUACCAGGACGACAAGCAGUUUGUGGACAUGCCACUGUCCUCGACUCCAGACCGAGUUCUGCAGCACUUCCGGGAGCUGGCCGCCCGCCACAACCACAGCAUUCCCACGCCACUGCUUCGCGCCUUCAUCCAGGAACACUUCCAGGCCGCGGGGCAGGAGCUGCAGCCCUGGACCCCCGAGGACUGGAAGGACAGCCCCCGGUUCCUGGGGAAGAUCUCGGACCCCAAGCUACGGAUCCGGGGGGAGCAGCUGCACCAGCUCUGGAAGAAACUGGGAAAGAAGGUGAAGCCAGAGGUCCUCAGCCACCCCGAGCAGUUCUCUCUGCUCUACUCAGAACACCCCUUCGUUGUGCCUGGUGGGCGCUUUGUCAAAUUCUACUGGGACUCCUACUGGGUGAUGGGGGGGGAGGGGCUGCUCCUCUCUGAGAUGCCCGAGACCGUGAAGGGCAUGCUGAACUUCCUGGACCUGGUGCGACUCUGUGGACGUGUCCCCAACGGGGCCCGCGUGUACUCCCUGCAGCGGAGCCAGUCCCCCCUGCUGACUCUCAUGAUGCACUCCUAGGUGGCUCACACCAACGAUACCCCCUUCCUGAGGGACAACAUCGGGACCCUAGCUUUGGAAUUGGACUUCUGGACUGAGCACAGGAACGUCUCUGUGAGCUCGGGGGGGAAGAACUACGUCCUGAAUCACUAUUCUGUCCCUUAUGGGGGACCCAGGCCCGAGUCUUACAGCAGAGACGGGGAGGUCAGGCAUCUGGGUGGGGCUGGGACCCUGAUGUUGUGUGUCAGGCCCCGGUCCCGGGUCUGCUGCUGCCUCGUCAUCACAGGGGACCGGGAAGCUCUGUGGGCCGAGCUCAAGGCUGGGGCCGAGUCUGGCUGGGACUUCUCCUCACGUUGGCUCGUCAAAGGCCCGAACCCCAACUUGCUGAGCAGCAUCCGGACCAGCAAACUCGUGCCUGUUGAUCUCAACGCCUUCCUGUGCCAGGCAGAGGAGCUGAUGAGCGACUUCUACUCCAGACCGGGGAACGACCUCCAAGACACAAAAUACAGAAAUAUGCGGGAACAGCGCUUGGCUGCCAUGAAAGCCAUCCUGUGGAAUGAGGAGAACGGUGCCUGGUUUGACUAUGACCUUGAGAACAGAAGGAAGAACCUCGAGUUUUACCCAUCCAACCUUAGUCCUCUCUGGUCUGGCUGUUUCUCUGACCCGGGAGUCGUGGACAAGGCUCUGAAAUAUCUGGAGGACAGCCAGAUCUUGACCUACCAGUACGGGAUCCCGACCUCUCUCCGGAAGACAGGCCAGCAGUGGGACUUCCCCAAUGCCUGGGCCCCCUUGCAGGACCUGGUCAUCAGAGGUAGGGAGGCAGCAGUGGGGCACAUCCCAGGGCCUGCCCUCCUUGCAUCUAGAGGGUCAGCCCCCUGGUACUGGGGAGGUGUGAACAGAGGAUGUGAGGGCUUUCUCUGGCUCUUCUGUUCUCAUGGCUUCCCCCUCAGCAGACAUUUGUGUCUGCCCCCACCUGUCCAGGGAACCAGCCUUCCUUUGUCUCUCCAAACCCAGGCCCUGGGGAAAGAGCACGUUGGCUUUUCACGUGGUUUCAAGAUGAAGGUCUUGAGGCUCUCGGGCCUCUUUCCCUCCUUGAGGAGAGUAAGGUUCAGGCCCAUGCUCCCUCUGGGUUGGGGACUCAGGUGGCUCAGGGUCCCGCCUGGGGCAGGGUGGGGUCUAGGUCUGGCCAAGUGUCCUUCCCCUCGGGCCCAGGAAGUGGCUUUCCAGCUGGCUCAGAAUUGGAUCCAAACCAACUUUGAGGUCUACUCCAGAAAGUCAGCCAUGUAUGAGAAGUAUGACAUCAGCAACGGUGGUCAGCCAGGUGGAGGAGGGGAGUAUGAAGUUCAGGAGGGCUUUGGCUGGACCAGUGGAGUGGUCCCGAUGCUCCUGGACCGCUACGGCGACCGACUGAGCUCGGGGACCCAGACCGCUUUCCUGGUGCCCCAGUGCCUCACAACUGCCCUUCUGCUCAGCCUCCUGCCACAGUGAUGGGCCUCCCUGCCCCGUCUGCCUCAUUAAACCUCUGCGUGAGUCCUCACGUUUUCUUACUUCUAGAGCCCCCAUACCCCACCCAGAGCCAGUCCUUGGAGUGGUCAGGAUAGGGACCUGGAAGUCAUGGGCUGUGUGCCCUUAUCCCUCCUAGAACCCCAGUAAGGAGGAAAUCCUAUUUUGCGGGGAACACCUGGCCCCAUAGGCCAUACAACCUGGCUUCCCAAACACAUACUCCAAAUGCUUUAUUGUUCUGUUGAGAUGCUUACAAAUACUGAAAAUCGCCCAGCCCAGGCCGGGCAACCAUGGCCCAGUGUUGGGCAGAGGAGCAGGGUUGUGGGCUUAGUGUUAAGGCGUGAAGGGCUGAGGCCAGACGGCUGGGGGCCUGGUCCUCUGCUCUCCAUUUCUGUCAUCCUUCUGAGGCGGAAGGGAGGGCAGCCAGCCCCCAGGGUCCUCCCCCUCGGCUCCUGCUCAGGCUUCCCCCAGCGGGCGUCUGAGCGGCCCUCCAUCCCUGUUAGAAACCCAGCCAGUUCUGUAGAACCCAGUCCAGCUGCCUCUCCCAUCUGCUUCCUUCCUCCAGUCUCUGGAUGUCCAAGCUUCGUCCCUUCUGGCUCUAAGCAAGGCACGAGUGCAAGGGAGAGGUCUGGACUAGGGGGCGGCCGGCUGUGCACCAGGGCCUGGAGACAUAGGGGGCAGGGAGCAGGUGCUCGGUCCCUCCCCCCGGCAUGAGAUGCACAAGGUCCUGGGCUGGAGAGGUCGCAGUACGUACCCUCGGAUGGGCCCACGGCUGCAGCAUGGGCGGGGCCACGGCAACGAGUGUAUGACCAUGGCGAUGAAGCAGUCACUGUGCAGAUCGUGGUUGGGGGUCUGCAAAAAGGGGAUGGGGUUAGGACCUCAAGGAUGGCACUGGAGGUCUCUGGCCCUUGAACAAAGGGGAGAGCAGGGGAGAGCGGGGUUGGAGAAGUACACCGCCUGAGCUGUUACCCCACUCUUGAUGUGGUUCUCCUCAGCCCCCAAGGCCCCCGCAAAGGGGGCUGAGGCAAGAAGGGAUCUUUGGCAGAUUCUGGUACCAUAGUUUGUCCUUUUGCAAAAGAGAACACAGGCUGGGGAGUGCAGGUGCCAGGUCAGAGCUUGAGGCCCCCUCUUGUGACAGCUCCUCAGGCCCGGGGCAGGGCCCUCCAAGGUUACUGCAGAUUCUGGGCUCCCAGGAGCCUCCCCACUUUUCAUCUGCUGGCUGGUUCUUCAGGGGGCCUGAGCCCAGAAAUUCACAGGAUGAGCUCCUUACACCGUAGAACAGUACAAAGUCACCUACAACAGCCCCAGGCACGCUCCGCCCUUCCAGGCCUCUGGGGGCACUCCUGUGUGGCCCGGUGUGCACCUCUGUCUCCAGGGCGGAGCAGCAGGUGGGCUGGCCCGAGGGUCCAGGAGGUCCACACCGGUCAGUUCAUGAAUUGAGUGUAGCCCUCAGCUCCGGUCACGAUGACAUCCAUCCAGAUGCGCAUGGCCUCGGCAGAUGGGGCCACCAUGUAGUAGAGCCGGUCAUGGGUCUUCACACAGAAGGUGAGGGCUGGGUUCGGGCUCUGCUCAGGGAGAGAGGAAGGUCUAAGCCAGGGCUCACCUCUGACCCCCCAUCUGCCCUUUCCCCUCCCCGUCUCCAGGACACCCUAGAGCUCAGGACGGAGUCUGAAACAGGCCCCGAACCUAGUGCCCAUCAGUCCAGCGGGCCCCCGCUGGAGACGGUCCCCUCCUCACACCCGGACCAUCCAUGGGCCCUGGCAGGGCCGUACCCUGCCUCGUGGGGGCACUGUUCCUCAGCGAGCCCGGGGGCACAAAAGCAUCACAGGAAUCGGACACAAAGGGCCCUUCCCGUGAGGACCAGAGUCUCCUCUCAGCCCAAGAGGGGCCGAUGGAAAAAGCUGCAGGUGACGUGCUGCUGAAGGAGCACCCCUGCCCCCAGUCUGAGAAAUGGGGUGAUUCCCAGGACUCCAGAACAGAGCCCAACAUGGAGCCCCGAAGAUCUGGUCAGUGCUCAGCCUUGCUCAGAAUUAGAGAACGCAAAUUAGAACUCCACUGAGAUACCACUUCUCACCUACCAGAAUGGCAAAAAUAUGCCAACAAUAAACAGCACCCCUUAGGUGGGGCUCUGGAGAAACAGGGGAGGUGGUCUGGUAAGUGACAGGUAAGUCCUACCAGGAUUAGGUGUUUGCCCUUCGAGCCAAUGACUGCACUUACGGACAUUUAUUUUACAAGUAACAAAUUUACACACGUAUUCACCCCAACAGUAUCGGUACUCAUGAAAUACUGCAAACAACGCACGUGUCCCCGAGUAGAGAUUGGUUAAUAAAUUAUAGUUUAGCACAUGAGGGGAUACUACACCGCUCUUAAAUGAUUCAGAAAUCUCUGAUACAUAGUUUCAGAAAUACAGCUUAACUUAAAAUGUUUCAGAUGUAGAUAUAUCUCACACAGAUCUGAUACGUUAGCAGUAAAAGAAGGAAUGCAUUGUAUGCCACCUUUUGUGUAAGAAAACGAGUAACAGUCUAUGUUUGCAUUUGCUUACAUUCUAAAACUCUACAAGGAUACACAAGAGAUUUAUAAUAAAAACAGUCAUCUGGAGU